UUUCGUGUUUGAACAUGUAUACUUUUCUUUUUUAUUAUUAAUUAUAGCCAAAUGACAGACAUAGUAUAAUCUCUUGUCAUGUUUACCCAAAUUGAUAUUGACAGUUCGCGCUGCAGCGCUGUCAUUGAUUCAUAUCCGCUUGUGUUGUCGUACAGUGUAGCGCUUUGCUCGUGUGUCACAAAGGAAGGGACGCAUUUGGGGGCGGGCUCGACGCGCCGGCGAAAAAAAUUAACACUCGUCGUUAAUACGUAAAUCCUUUUAUACAAUACCAAACCCCCAUUGAAGACGCAUCGUACAAUCCCAGCUGUGAGACUCACUCAUGCUCGUAGACUCGACACGAGAAUAAAUCAAACUUGACAAGUUCGUUGAAGUUCAGGAAAUUUACAGAAAUGUCCAUCAGUUCGUCGUUCAGUAUCGACAGCAUACUUGCCAGGCCGACGUACAGGUACCUCGCUCCCUAUCAACUGCCACUGGCCUGUCCAACGUGCCCGAGUCAAGCAAGCUAUUUCAAUCAUUUGAUGACAUUACCCACACCAUACGGCCCGGAUUUUUUCCGUUUUCAACCAAAAAGGAAGCGCCGUCAUCGCACGAUCUUCACCGAAGAACAACUAGAACUUUUGGAAAAGACUUUUCAGAAAACGCACUACCCCGACGUCCUUUUGAGAGAAGACUUAGCUAUAAAAGCCGGGUUGAAAGAGGAACGCGUUGAGGUGUGGUUUAAAAAUCGUCGUGCAAAAUGGCGAAAACAGAAACGUGAAAGUCGGCAAAACGAGGAGGGAACGUCUCUGGGAAGCACCGCGUUACCAGCCUCAGUAUCGCUGUCGUUUGAGGAGAGUUCGUUACGAUUACCCAGCGGUCUCUCAACGACUUCAAAAUUGGCCGCAGCAAGCAAAGUUCUUAGCCAGAAGGUCGACUCUGCACGUGGUAUUUUUACAGCAGAGGCCAGCUCCAAGACCGCUUCGCUACAGAGAUCUCUGACUCCUUCCUGAGAAAUUAUCUUUUUGCUAUUCAUGUGUGUGUGGUUGGAUUGUCGUGGUAUCCGGUUUUUUUUUCGGAAUAUUUAGGACUGCAUCUUCACAAAAAGCCGUCCUUGCAUGUGUAAGAAAAUAUGGAAUACCUUAAAAAUAUUGUAAGUUUUCAAUGCCUUGAUACAUGAGAUCUUGAAUGAAAUACGCGACGUUUAAAAGAGGGCCUUCAUUCACUCUCGGAAUUUGAAAAAAAGAUCAACAUCUUCGACGUCAAUUUAAAAAUCGUCUUGUUUCGUGACACAUGCAAAACAAUAUCUUCAAAACAAGGCAAGCAAUGUUAUAUAUACUGUUACAACAAUUAAGGUAUGAAUUGCCCAUGCAAUGCGCAAGUUUUGAAAUUGUCUGUGGUCGCAUCUUGUGACUUUAGUUAGAGUAGGUUUUUUUGAUAGCACUGAUUCUCACCCCGAGUGGAAUGUAGUACCUUUUAGGCUUUUGCCAUCCCUUCUACAAGAGAAUUGCGUCUUUUAAACGUGCGUGUGUCAUGAAAUGGUCGUGUUCCAUCAUGCAGUAUUUAUAUAUGAUAGUACAGUUGGUAAUGAUAUAUUUAUAUAAGAUUGUAAAAAUUUAUAUGUAUGAUUAUGUAUAAAGUCUUCAGAAAGUAUACACUGAAAAAGAAAGGAUAUUAAAAA